CAGGAGUCUAGUUCGCGGUAAAAUCAGUUGCACACCAUCUUAGAAGUGGGGAGAAAUGCUCUUAAAAGAGGCCGAGUUAACUUCAGGGAGAUUGUAACACUUUCACAACAUUUCGAGGAGUCUGAUGUGAGUGCGACAGGACUACACAUCUUGUUUUUUUCUUGAGUUCUCGACGGUGAAUUUGUCUGCUAAAUAUUGGAGCUAGCAUUUUCAAGGAAAGACACUUUAACCAAGAAGAUCAUACUUUUGUUUAAUGCUACUGGAAAAAAAACUUGGCAGCAACUUUCAAUUGAAGGUUAAACCACCACCUACAACUGGCAAAAUUAACUCUGAGAACAAAGUCCCCCAAGGUCAUUCGUUGACUUUCCUAUCGCAUUUCAAGUCAGGAUUUCCUUCCUGAAUCAACCUGGUGUUUUAUUGAUCAUGAUAUUAACUUCCAGCUAACAUAAUUAUUGUAGAGGUGUUGCAUUGCUUUGCAUUAGGCAAUCCACGACACGUCUAAGUCCAUAGAUUUCUUGAGGUGAAUAUUUACGGAAAACUUACAAAAUGGCUCAGUAUAGUUGUGUGAAUCACGCCAUCAGUAGAGCAUUCUACAAGUAUGGGAAGCUGAUCGCAAGGCACCCUCUCUUGUUUUUGAUCAGUCCCUGUAUCAUUAUGAUUCUACUCUGCAUCGGAAUCAGCCAAAUUGAAAUCAACGGAGAUGUGGAGUAUCUCUUUACGCCAGAAGAUUGCAAAGCGCGACAAGACGGUGAGUUCACGCAAGAACAUUUCCUUCUCGGGACAGAGGGCGGGAACUUUCUACCGAACCGAGAGCUCGUAAUGUUCAAUCGAAGAGGUCGGAUAAUUGUAACAGCAAUGGACGGCGGCUCCGCUCUCCGCCAGGACAUUAUGGAAGAGCUGAUGAGACUUGACGAAAGAGUGCGGACAUUCACUGUCGAUUUUAACGACACGGAAACCAGUUACAAUCGGAUUUGCCAGAAAUGGAUGGGAGAGUGUGUCGAUAAUCAGCUACUUCUCUUUUACCGCGAUCGCGUCAGUGAAUUCUCAAACAUCACGGUUACGUACCCACAAGCCGACCUGCCACUUAUUUUUGGUCAAAGCAUUCCACUCAUGAUCGGUCCAAACUUCGGAGGCGUUAAACUGAAAGAUUCAAAUGUAGUAGAAAGCGUCUUUGCCAUUCGUCUGUUCUACUCCCUUGGACUCCCAAUCGAGGAGGAUCAUCUUGCAUUUGCUUGGGAGGAGGAAUUCAUUCAGGUGAUGCAAGACUUCCAGAAUGAGACUUCCCUGUUGAAGAUUGCUGCCAGCCACUCGGAGACCCUAUCGACGGAGAUCAACGAGGCAUCAUUUCGCGUCAUACCACGUUUCAUCUCCACAUUCUGUAUGUUGAUUGUUUUUGCCGUCUUUUCGUGUAUCAUGAGGGACUGGGUGCAGAGUAAGCCAUGGCUAGGUCUGGUCGGCGUAGUCAACGCGGCCUUUAGCAUCGUCUCCGCCAUCGGAUUCCUUAGCCUUAUUGGGAUGCCCUACAACGAGAUGGUGUCCCUCAUGCCAUUCUUAAUUCUUGGUGUUGGGGUUGACAAUAUGUUUAUCAUGAUAGCAGCAUGGCGACAGCUCAGUCUCUUUCUCUCCGUAGAGGAGCGUAUGGGACGUACCUUCUCGGAGGCUGCUGUCUCUAUCACAAUCACAAACCUCACAACGGUCUUGGCGUUCAUCAUCGGAGCUAGCUCCCCUCUGCCGGGGGUCAGAACCUUCUGCAUCUACGCUGGCAUCGCGAUGUUCUUUGUCUAUUUCUACCAGAUGACGUUCUUCGGAGCCUCAAUGGCUUUGGUUGGCCAGCGGGAAGCCAACAAUCUCCACUGCUACACAUGCAAGAAGGUUUUACCUCGAGAGGAAUCGCCCAACAAGUUCUACAUGAUCUUCUGCUCUGGUGGAAUCUCAAGAACCAAACAUAAGGGCUCUGUAAUCGACCUGGAACAUCGCAUCAUGAAGUUCUUUCGUCUGUACUACGCUCCUUUCAUCACAAAGCGUUGGGUCAAGACAAUUGUUCUUAUACUCUACAUUCUUUAUCUCAGCGGUGCUCUCUAUGGCUGCUCACAAAUCAAGCAAGGGCUUGCCUUGAAAAACCUGGCCAUGGACAACUCUCCUGCCUUUGAAUUCUACGAUUUGGAAGAUGUGCAUUUCCGCGAUGUUGGGCCGGCAAUCAGCGUGGUCUUCAAGGAUGAGGUGGAGUACUGGGACCAGGAGGUGCAGGAGAAGAUUGAGAACAUGACCCAGGAAUUGGAACUGAACGACCAUGCAUUCGGGGAGGAGCUGACGCAGUCUUGGUUAAGAGACUUCUGCAAGUACUGGCAGGCCUUUCUGUUGUACAGACCUGACGAGAACGUCAAACCAGGGAAGGAUGGAUUCAUGUAUGUCUUAACAGAGCAUUUUCUGAAGGAUCCACGCUAUUCGAUGUAUCAGUUGGAUAUUGUGAUCAGUGAGGAUGACACCGCCGGGGUAAACCGCAGCAUUACACAGUCACGGGUAAUGUUACAGACGAAGAAUCUACAUACACUGACGGAUGAGACGGAGACCAUGUUGAGCUUAAGGGAGACUGCUGAGGCUUCUCCCUUUGAUGUGAUCGUCUACCAUCCAGCGUUUGUUCUCUAUGAGAGCUACGUGGGUAUCAUCCCUAACCUUCUGCAAACCCUAGGGAUCGCAUUGGCGUGCAUGUUCCUGGUAGCUGUUAUCAUGAUACCGCAUCCAGUCUGCGCCGUUUGGGUCUCGCUCUGCGUUAUCUCAAUCGAUGUCGCGGUUUUGGGCUACAUGUCCCUCUGGGGAGUCAACAUUGAUCCAAUCUCAAUGGUAAACAUAAUCCUCUGCAUAGGUUUCAGCGUUGACUUCUCUGCGCACAUCACAUAUGCAUUUGUCGUCGCCCCGAAAGAAAACCCUGAUGAUCGCGCAAAGUACGCCCUUCACGCCUUAGGGAUGGCGAUCCUUCAGGGUGCUUUAUCCUCGAUCAUCGCUAUCUCUGCGCUAUCGACAGCCCCCAUUUAUAUCUUCCGGAUUUUUUUCAAGACACUAUUUCUUGUGAUGGUGUUUGGGGCAAUGCACGGACUAGUCAUCCUCCCCGUCGUUUUAACUUUCAUGGGGAGGUGUAUGCCUCACCAAGUUACCAGGGAACAUGAAGAUGAGAAAGAGAAACUGCCGGAGGAUGGUCACCAACCGGCCGUCGCGGCCGCUUCUAGUUUAUUGACCAUUCCACUCAAGACAAUGCCUGGUGAGCAUGAAACAAUUGUUGAUCUCCGUGUUACAACAGUAUAGCAUUGGAUUUAACUUGGCCUUCUUUCAGUGGUUCUCUGAACCGGCCGUUACCUCUCUCAUUGUACAUGUGCAGUAUUUUUGUAUUGGAACCAGCUGUUAUUUUGUAAAUAUCCUAGCAUGGCGUUGUUGAUUUAUGUAAUGUUUACUAUUAUUUCAAUGAUUCCAUUCUGUGGUGGUGCUAAAAAUUUAAUUUAUUGCAUGUUUGUUGUUAAAUCAACCCAAUUAUUAUUUUUUUGUGAAUCCCUCUACCUUCUUUCCUAAUGUAAACCUUGUGCUUUAAUUUGUUUUAUUUCUAAAACAAGUUCCGGUUUUAUUCGGGCACAACAUAAUUUCAAAAUGUUCUUCAAAAAUGGCACAUUACUUUAGUGAGACCAGAAGAACCAGCAGUUAAAUUGAAUUGCAGUGGUAUUUGUAACAUCUCUAUUUAUACAUGAUUAAAACAAUUGAAAGGUCUAAAACACCAAAGGGAUUUGUUUAAUACACCAAAAGUUUACGUUUAAAACGCUAACGGUAUUUGAACCUUUAAAACACGUAACCUUUUGACAUUUUACAUUUAGCACAAAAUUGUUUCAUGCCAAGGAAAUUGUUUUAGAAAGCAUGUUUUUCGUUUGCUUUCAUUUGACCCUUUUGACAUAAUGUGCUUACAUUUGAUUUCAUGUUUGAAUCGUAUAACUGAUUAUUUUAUGAUUUUAAAGUUGUUUCUGCACCAAGUAAGUUGUUUUAUUUUAAAGGGCUGAGGUUUAGGUUUUGUUUUAAGCAUGCAAUUUUCUGCAUGAUCAUAUGUUGUAAGAAUAUGUGUGUUGGUCUAAACAUAUUAUUUUACCAUUAAUUACAAUUAGUGAUGGUUUAACUUCCUAGUUGUAAUGGCAUCAUUUUCAAAAAAAUUUUGAGAGCGAUGGCAUUCAUUGCGUGACUUUUUAUUUGAUGGGUGAUUUCCAUCGGGAAAAUCUUGUCUUCAUGAGUUGUUUUUGUCAAAACAAACAAAUUGAAGAAUGAUUAAACCUUUUGUUGCGAUGUUGGAUACUCAAGUACAAUUGCAAAGAUGUGUUUUUAAAUGUAGAUUGGAGCACUUAAAAUCUAAAAGUGAGUUUCCAUAUGAAUGAUUUGCAUUCAAUUUAGAAGACAAACCUGAUUGGCUGGUUUGAUUCACUUAACUCAAAAACAAGAUUAGAACAUUUAUCACUUUCAUGAUGAUUGUGCAAUCCACACAAAGAGUUGAAGAGUUUUCUUUUUGUUUGUUCCAUAUGGUUCCUCCAUAACUCAAAAUCCCUCCUGCAUGUUGAUUUUUUUCUGUCAAAAGUUUUUGUGGCAUGGCUUUGAAAAUAUUGAUUUGAAUUACCAAAGAUAGCAGACAAGAAAUUAAUGAUCUCUUUUUUUCUUCUUUUCUUUUUUUCUCUCCACGCUUACCGUAGCAGUAGCUGCUCAACCUGUCAUUGCCUAGGAUAAGUUUUAAAGAUAGUUUGGAUUAUUUUGCCGUCUCAGUGCUAUAACUUCAGUAUUUGCACAAUAUUUGUAAAGAUGAAAAGAUCAUCAAAUAAACAAUGCUAGAAAUGUUGGGGGGGGGGGGGAAUGCACAAAUCAAUGUUUUACUUAUAAAAUGAAUUCUUGGCGAUUUUAAAGAAAACUUGAAAUGCCCCACCUGUUAAUUUGAGGUUGAAUUAAGGACAAU